AACUAUGUUAAUAUUAUUAGUACUAUUUGCUCGUCUAGUUAUAUGUUACAACGGUCGUCAAGUGUGUAACCGUUCAAACGCAGGUACACACAUCACUCUCCUUAAAGAUGUGUUUCUGAAUUGUAACGGUACAAUAGGCAACGGUGAUGUCGUUUCAGCAUCGCAGCACUGUAAAGACAAUGACAAGUGCAGUGUGUUUGUAGUAUACAACGGCCAAGUAACAUUCUGCAAUUACAACCCAGAUGCCAAAGUGGAAGGACUAAAAAACAUUAACGGGUCAUGGGUUGGUAUAAGCGAUCGAUUAGAAGCACUUGCUAACAUGAAGUUGACAAACAAAGGGGAUAUGAUAUGUGAACAUGCUGCUAAUGCAGACGAUAAGGAAAAUCACGAAUCGUCGAAAACCACGCAACCAUUAGCAACCAGUCCUUCGUUCCUAACACUUGAAUCGCUGACUAAAAACUGCAACAGUUGGGCAUCAAGUACGGGAUCAACUCCUAUGUUAACGGGGAGAUUACGCAAUAAGGAUAGUCCUCAUACAACCAAGAUGCGAGGUUGCGUCUGUGGCUUAAGUGGCUCCAUACGCCCAGACGAUUAUCAUCAUACGUAUUACGCUGGAGAUGUAGUUCCUGUACGACCUGAUUGAUGUAUCAUCUAGUACCAUAAGCCUAUGGUUCACCCCAGUGGGACUCUUCAUUCGAAAAGCAUAUGAUAUACAAGAUGGUGAAGCUCAAAA